AUGGCGCGUAACAAAGAAAAAGCACAAUCAAUUCUUUAUCGUUUUCGCGAGGCUCAGGCUGCAGAGCUCGGUCUUAUAAGACAAAAGGAACGAAGACCAUAUCUAGCGUCAGAAUGUAAUAACAGGCAAGAAGCAGAAAAAUGGCGACAGCAGAUCGUUAGAGAGAUUUCGAGGAAAGUGUCCAAAAUCCAGGACGCUGGAUUGUCCGAUUAUCAGAUAAGAGACUUGAACGAUGAGAUUAACAAGCUUAUGAGAGAGAAGGGACACUGGGAAGACCAGAUCAAAAAGUUAGGAGGCCCCGACUAUAAGCGAAUCGGGCCGAAAAUGCUCGAUUACGAAGGUAAAGAAGUACCAGGCAAUAGAGGAUAUAAAUACUUUGGUCGAGCAAAAGAUUUACCUGGUGUACGGGAAUUAUUUCAACAAGAAGCACCGGAUCUUCCAAAAAGAACUCGGUUUGACUUGUACAAAAAUGUGGAUGCCGAUUAUUAUGGUUAUCGAGACGAAGAAGAUGGGACGUUACUGGAAUACGAAAGAGAGCGGCAAGCUCAAGUGAUAGCAAAAGCGCUAGCGCUUCCUGACGAAACAGAGCCGAUGGACAAAUCUCUCCAAAAACAAAAACAAGCCGAAGCACGAACAUCACUGAUGGAUAUAGACCAAGAGGAAAAAUAUGUGGCUCAUGUUGCUGUGCCGUCACAGAAAGAAAUCGAAGAGUAUUUGGUGCGAAGGCGAAAGAGACAAAUGUUGGAGAGAUAUACGGAAGUCUCUUGA